CAAGGAAGCCUCAGCUGCUGCCUGUGAGCUACACGCCUCUGUACAGCGGCACAAACCUCUCUCUCUCUGUGUCUGCCCGCGCUAAGGGCGGCUGAACUUGGGAGUCGACAAGUAGACCGGUAGCAGGCGGUAGCCUCGAAGUGAAAUCGUCUUUCAGCUGACACGCGCAUGGCAUAAUGGCGGACGACGAAAUGUCGCCCUCUCCGCCAGCUGCGUUGGAUCCCCGUCUUCCUCUCACGGCCAUGCAAGUGUUCAAAUUGAAGAAAAGCUGGAAAGGAGUAAAGCGAAGCCUGGACGAUACUGGUGUGGAGAUGUUUAUCAGGCUGUUCCGUAGCAAGCCCCCGCUACAACGACUGUUCCGAGAGCUGAGGGGCGUGCCAGUGGACGAGCUGCGGGUCAGCGAGGCCAUGGAGAAGCACGCCGGCAGGGUCAUGGCCGUCUUCGAUGACGCCAUCAACGCCAUCGAGAACGUGGAUGGCACAGACGAGAUCCUGUGCCGGGCGGCCAAGAAACAUUCCUCCAUCGAGGGCUUUGUCUCAGACAUGUUCUGGGAUAUCGAGCAGCCUUUCCUGGACGCGGUGCGAAUAACACUGGGGGACCGUUACACAGACAACAUGGACGGCAUCUACCGCAUCACUAUCAAAUACCUCCUGGAGAAACUCGUCCGCGGUCACCGCGCCCUGGCGUCAUGAUGCUCGGCUGGGCCGAGUGCAACGAGCUGCGCGCGCAUCCUUUUUUUUUUCUCUCCACCAGAGACCAGCACGACUGACCACAGCAAGAGCACAGCGGUGCUGAGCAGUGCACAGCGCCACGGACACGGAUAAGUGAACCCGAACGGAAGGACUAGGCACGAGGUGCAUAGUGUGUGAGAGUGGCUAGCUCUUUACGUUAUCAACCUUCUCUUCAAUGUCUUCAUUAAGCUUAGAGCAAGAGAGGCAGAGAGAGAGAAAGAGCGAGAGACAGAGAGACUUACUGGUUUCUCACAUUUUUUGUGCUACAUACGCGCCUUCAAGUGAUUAACCUGUCGUGUUUGACAUUGAAAAAAUGAAACGGAGAGAAUGGGCUGAAAGCACUGGCAGAUGGUCAGCCGCACUUGGGAAAAGCCAAAGCACCUCUUGGCAAGCCUUUCUUUUUCUUCUUCUCUCUCUCUCCGCACCGCACGCAAGAGGUGGUGCCGAGCGUCAGACUGCUGUUGUCCAUCGUUGUGUUGCGGACACUAGUGAGCGUUCCUGGCGUCAGACUGCUGUUGGUCUGUGGAGCGAGCUUGACUGUGAUGUGUGUUUUCUUGAAGCCUUCGUGCUGUUCUCAUGUGAGUGCGAGCAUGCUUUCAUGGAGUGGUGGGUUAGUUCUUUCCAGCUGUAUAGUGGCUGAUUUGUCAUUGCUCUGCUGAUAUGUUUACUUGCUUUAGGUUCUCACAGGUUGUGCUGAGAGAGGAUAUAAUUAUAUACAAAUGAGAGAACAUAUCUGUGUGCGUGCAUGCGUGCGCGCAUGUGUGUACAUUUUCGUGAGUCUGUGAUCUUGGUAUCUUUGUGUUAAACUGUUUGCUUGCUAAACGCGACAACAGAUGUCAUGCUUUUAAAAACUUAGCACCAAGUAAACAUUAGGAAGAUGGGGAACUGGACGGUUGUUGGUAAAAGCACUUGACACUUCAUGAUUAGUGAAUUACAGAUUUUGCUUUUAUUGUGCCUGAGAUUUUCGUAAAUCCAGUCAUGUGAGGUUCAGUGACACAGGAAACAAAAUGGUGACACCUAUACAAGUUCACAAAUAAAGGUUAUAAUAUUUACUUAAUAGUCGAAACAGUCAUUUGCACUACAUUCGUUUGAUGGUUAAGGAGCAUAUAAAAGAGUAUUUGAUAUUUGUGUGCUGUAAGAGAAAUCAUGUGACAGUUGUCACUCCUUCGUUGUACACAUUUCUCCACCCGGCUACAUUUCCUACCCUGAUUGCCAUUUUCACCACCCUUCUGAUCUGUAUAAAUGUUGCAGAGUGGGACAUUAAAGUUUCCUUGUCACCAUAA